UGAAAUUAAAACACCAAACCCAUACCUCUAAGCUACUUUCAUCCAAACAAGAAAAAAAAAACAUUAAUAAAAGUUGAAGCCGCACAAAUUCACAACCAAAGUUUGAAUGAACAUACUCAAAUAUCAAUUAGUCGGCGCUGAAUUUCGUUGUUGAUUUUUUCAGGUUUAUAUGCUUUUGUUGAAACUAUUGGCGUAAAUUUUCCCAUUGUUUUCUUAUUUGCUACACCGGUUAUUAGGAUUUCCUCUCUCGCAUAAGACAACUGAUUCAUCACCAAUAGUAUGGACUCACAGCAACUUUAUAGUUUCAAUGUAAACAGUGCAGGAUUUCCUUACAUGUCAUCUUUUCCCACUAUUCCAUCACUGCCAAAUCGUAUUCUUGGAAACUUGAAAGUCGGUAUUGGAAACUCGCCUAAUUCACCGUUUUCAUCUCAUUUCGAUUCUGAUACUCAUUCUGCAUUUAGUGACAGCCAGGAGCAACACAACUCAGGAGAAAUUCUUUCUGGUAUAAGCCCCUCUUAUAACUCGUCACUCGAAACCAAUCAUUAUAUGCAUAGAUCAGUUUCAUCUGUGAACAGUCUCAAAGAAAGGUUGCAACUAUAUUCUGCUAGAAAUUCACUUCUACAAAGUAACCAGAAAGUGUUGUUGGAACUAGAAACUGCUCUGAUGGCACCCGAUGAUAACGAAGUUACCACGUCUAAUUCUUCGUUGGGCGAGAGUGUCAGAGAGACUACAUCGGGUCAGAGACAUAGAUUGUGGAACCACGAGCACCAGGAGUCACAAUAUAUUCAAAGUCAACCAUCUUAUGUUACAAGCAGCAGGCAAUCAAAUGAAGCCGUGCAUGUAGAGAAACGACGAAAGUUGGAGGAGGAAUCAUCAACACAAGGGUUUCCAUUGAGCGAUUUGAAGCAAUUGCUGAUUGCGUGUGCUAAAGCCAUGUCUGAAAACAACACAAAAGAUUUUGACCGAUUGAUAGAAAUGGCUAAAAAUGUUGUGUCUAUCAAUGGGGAGCCGAUCCAGAGGCUCGGUGCUUAUAUUGUAGAAGGGCUUGUUGCAAGGAAGGAAGCGUCGGGGAAUAGCAUCUAUCAUGCUCUUAAGUGUAGAGAGCCUGAAGGCAAAGAUUUACUCUCUUACAUGCAACUACUUUUUGAAAUUUGUCCUUACUUAAAAUUCGGUUACAUGGCUGCCAAUGGAGCCAUUGCUGAAGCUUGCAGGAAUGAGGAUCACAUACAUAUCAUAGACUUUCAGAUUGCUCAAGGAACUCAAUGGAUGACACUUCUUCAAGCUCUUGCAGCAAGACCUGGCGGGGCACCCCACGUGCGGAUAACAGGAAUCGAUGAUCCGGUCUCUAAAUAUGCUCGUGGGGAUGGACUAGAAGUAGUUGGGGAAAAAUUGGCCUUGAUGUCCGAGAAAUUUGGAAUACCGGUGGAGUUUCACGGGGUUCCUGUUUUCGCUCCGGAUAUUACUAGAGACAUGCUUGAUAUAAAACAUGGAGAGGCUUUGGCUGUGAAUUUUCCCUUGCAACUCCAUCACACAGCCGACGAGAGUGUCGAUGUGAAUAAUCCAAGAGAUGGACUUCUAAGAUUGGUGAAAUCCCUCUCCCCGAAGGUGGUUACACUCGUCGAGCAAGAAUCGAACACAAACACAACCCCUUUCUUCAACAGGUUCAUAGAAACUUUAGAUUACUACUUGGCGAUCUUCGAGUCCAUCGAUGUCACACUCUCAAGAAACAGCAAGGAAAGAAUUAACGUCGAGCAGCAUUGUUUGGCCCGAGAUAUCGUGAAUGUCAUUGCUUGCGAAGGCAAGGAAAGGGUCGAGCGCCACGAACUGUUCGGAAAGUGGAAGUCGAGGUUUACGAUGGCCGGCUUUCAGCAAUGUCCUUUGAGUUCUUAUGUGAAUUCUGUUAUAAGAAGCCUUCUGAGAUGCUAUUCAGAGAAUUACACACUACUGGAGAAAGAUGGGGCAAUGUUGUUGGGGUGGAAGAACAGAAAUUUGAUAUCAGCUUCAGCAUGGCAUUGAUAAAACAUAUAUAUAGAUAACAAAUAAUUAUAACAUGACGAUGGAAGUGGUAAAAUCUUAAGGGGUAGUACUUCAAUGUAUCCAUUAUCAUUGUUUUGUAGGAAUAUGUUUCUUAAAUUUGUCCAUAAAGAGUAUGGUGUAGUAGUUAUGUAGUAUAUUGAUUCUUUUAUAGAAUGUUUUAGGUAUUGUUAACUUUUGUUUUGUAGAUGUUGAUACAUGAAAGUUGUUAAGCAAUGGUGAAUAACAAAUUUCUAAACUUACUAGCU